UUGAUCUUAGUUUAGUACUAAAUCUCACACAGAAAACAAAUGGUGAUACAUACAAUGAUUAAAAACACAGAGUGACCUUAUUUGUGCAUUAUCCGUGGAAAAUCCUUCACAACAAAAUGCAAGAUGAAGAGACAUACAUUGGUUUAUACUGGAGAAGGACUUUAUAGAAGUGGCUAUCCAAGACAUAUUACAAAGAAGCUUAAAACAUAUUAUUUGAUAUAAUAAGUAACAUAAUACAACAAACAAGACAAGAAGAUAAAAGGAAAAUGUCACUUUUAUAUUACACAAUAUCUUCAACUAAAGACAGAAUAUCUUCUCGGUUGUUUUGUUUUGGUAACAAGAUUUGAAGAGCAAGACCUGUCUGGAAAUUUAAUGAAGGUCCUAUGAUAGGGACCUAACUAUUGGACAUUUAACUAAUCCUUCAAACAAGGAAAAUGUUUAAAUAGACAUACAAAGCAUACUGUCUUGUUGAGUUUAUUAGAAGUGGCAAUAGACUAUCCAAGACAUAUUACAAAGAAGCUUAAAACAUAUUAUUUGAUAUAAUAAGUAACAAGGCAAGAAGAUAAAAGGAAAAUGUCACUUUUAUAUUACACAAUAUCUCCAAUUUAUCGGUAACAAGAUUUGAAGAGCAAGAGUUGUCUGGAAAUGUAAUGAACGUCCUAUGAUGGGGCCUAACAUUGGACAUUUAACAAAUCCUUCAAACCAGGAAAAUAUUUAAAUAGACAUACAAAGCAUACUGUCUUGUUGAGUUUAUUAGGUAAUGAGAUAAGUUACUCAAAUUUUUCAUACUAAACUGUAAAAAAUGUUUAAAAGAACUAGAAGUUUUCCUCAUAAAUGUCCAUUAUGUAAAAAAGUCUUAUCAUAUCUGUGUGGUAUGAGAAAUCAUAUAUUAGCGCAUACGGGUGAGCGUCCAUUUAAAUGUUUGAUUUGUGAGAAAACCUUUAUCAAACUAAGUGGUGUAAAGACCCAUUUGUUGAGACACUCUGGGGAGAGCCCUUAUAAGUGCACUACAUGCGGGAAGUCUUUCACAGAAAAAAACUGUUUGAAGAAACAUAUGAUUAUUCAUACUGAAAAGAAACCUUUUAAAUGCACUACAUGUUUAAAAUCCUUUAGAAGCAAAGGUGAAAUGAAGAAACAUAUUUUAAUUCAUACUGGAGAGCGUCCUUAUAAGUGCACCACAUGUGAAAAAUCCUUUAGACAGAAAGGUGAUAUGAAGAAGCAUACAAUAAUUCACACUGGAAAGCGUCCUUAUAAGUGCAGUACAUGCAAAAAAUCCUUCGCAGAAAAAAACAAAAUGAGGGAACACACAUAUGUACAUAUUGGUGAAAGUCCUCAUAAGUGUACUACAUGCCAGAAGUCUUUUACAACCAAAGGUAGUUUGACGAAACAUGAAUUUUUUCAUACUGUAGAGCGUCCUCAUAAGUGCACUAUAUGCUGGAAAUCUUUUACGACCAAAAAAAGUAUGAAGAAUCAUAUAUUAGAUCAUACUACAGGGCCACCUUAUAAGUGCAGUACAUGUGGAAAGUCCUUCAGAACCAAAGGUAAUAUGAAGGUACAUACAUUACUUCAUACUGGAGAGCAAGCUUAUAAGUGUGCUACAUGUGGGAAAUCCUUUACAACCAAAAGUAGUUUGUUGUCACACACAUUAGUUCAUUCUGAAGAGAAAGCUUAUAAGUGCGCUACAUGUGGGAAAUCCUUCAAAUGGAAAAGCAGUUUGAGGAUACAUAUUUUAGUUCAUACUGGUGAGCGUCCUUAAAAGUGCCCUAGAUGUGGGAAAUCCUUCAAAAGCGAUAUGAAGAAGCAUACAUUGGUUUAUAUGGUACAGCGUCCUUAUAAGUUCAGUGCAUGCGGAAAAUCCUUCACAGAAAGAAGCAGUUUGAGGAGACAUACAUUGGUUUAUUUUCAAGAGUGACCUCAUGAGUAGAUUAUAUCAGGAAAAUCCUUAACAGCCAAAAGCAAUAUGAAGAGUUACAUUGGUUCAUACUGGUGAUGGAUCUUAGUCUUCCACUAUUAUAGGAUACAUAAGUAGACAUCCCACUAUUUGGAUCAGCUGUCUCCAAUCUAUAUAUUAAUACGCAAGCAGUUUUCUUUUCACCGUCAUAACUCGAUAACAGCUUGAUAUAUUUUAACGUUUGUGGUGUCAAAUUAAAGGAUGUGCAAAUACGUCUCAGAACGUAAAGAAAGGGCAUCACUUAAGUACAGUUAAGAUCUAAAGUUUCAGCGUGGCUAUCAUUUGACAUUAGAUUAAACAUAUGGACAAAGUUUGAAAUAGUGUUAAGGUUAAUCACAGACUGCAGGACUUAUUACUUCCAGAGCAAAACCGGUUUUUUUUUACAUCUGUUAACUAAGUCUGGUUCAUAAAUAAAGAGUUUCCUAGCAAAACUUGACAACAAAUCGUUUGUAAUAGUUGAAUUGAUUUAACUUAAAUCCUAUUUUACUGAAUUAUCAUGUAGUUUUGGUUAAAGUUUGGUGUGCUGAAGUGAAUGUUUAAAAGUGAUUAUUUACAGUGCAGAUACCCCUUACAUUACCAUAUUAUCAUGUAAUUUUCAAUGUGUAUCAAAAUUUUAUUUGUAGUGUUUUCUGUUGUUUGGUUGACUUCCAUAUUUUAUUUCAAACUAGCUGGCCCGACAGACGUCGU